AUGAAGUUAACACGAAUGCUGCCCGCGUCCUGUUUGCUGCUGAGCCUGAUGAUACCGCAGGCUCUGCUCGCCCAGAAACCCACCGGCAGCGAAAGUCCUUCCUACUACAACAUCGGGGGUGUGCUGAGCAAUAACGAGAGUGAAUCACACUUCGGUACCGUGAUUGCGCAUCUGAACUUUGACCAACAGUAUGUUCCACGCGGUACCACCUACUACGAUAAGACGAUUCGGAUCGAUAAAAAUCCCAUCAAAACAGCGCUCAAUGUUUGUAAACACCUGAUAUCCCGAAGGGUAUAUGCGGUAGUGGUAUCGCACGAACCGACUGGCGAUCUGUCCCCGGCGGCCGUCAGCUACACCAGCGGAUUCUACCAAAUUCCCGUCAUCGGGAUCUCGUCGCGUGAGGCUGCCUUCUCUGAUAAGAACAUUCACGUGUCGUUCCUACGUACGGUGCCUCCAUAUUACCACCAGGCGGACGUUUGGUUGGAAAUUUUGAGUCAUUUCGGCUACACGAAGGUUAUCAUCAUCCACAGCUCCGAUACGGAUGGACGGGCCGUGCUGGGCCGCUUCCAGACGACAUCGCAGACAAACUAUGACGACAUCGAUGUUCGGGCGACGGUUGAAUCGAUCGUCGAAUUUGAACCAAAAUUGGAUAGCUUUAGCUCGUAUCUUAUGGACAUGAAAACCGCACAAUCGCGUGUAUAUUUACUUUAUGCGAGCCAGGAGGAUGCGUAUGUAAUUUUCCGUGACGCUGCCAUCCACAAUAUGACCGAGUACGGGCACAUUUGGAUCGUAACAGAACAGGCACUCAGUGCGAACAACACUCCAACCGGUAUCAUCGGAUUGAAGCUCAAUAAUGCAGAAAACGAAACAGACCACAUAAAGGAUGCUAUUUACAUACUGGCAUCGGCAAUCAAGGAAAUGACGGUGAACGAAACCAUCACCGAAGCACCGAAGGAUUGUGACGAUUCCGGAGCCAUCUGGGAGUCGGGCAAGCGAUUGUUUGGAUAUUUGAAGACGAGAAACAUCCGCGGCGAAACGGGUCAGGUGGCGUUCGACGAUAACGGUGACCGUAUGUACGCGGAGUACGAUGUUAUCAAUGUGCACGAGAACCAUUCGUUCGUAAAGGUCGGAAGCUUCCACUACGAUUCGGAGAAGCGUAAGAUGCGUCUCAAGAUAAACGACAGCAGCAUAACGUGGCCAGGAAAUACGGGUAAGAAGCCGGAAGGUAUUAUGAUACCGACGCACCUGAAGGUGCUGACGAUCGAGGAGAAACCGUUCGUGUACGCGCGCAAGCUGCUGGACGACGAGAUUGACUGUGCGGAUGAUGAGGUGGUUUGUCCACAUUUCAACAUCACCAAUGGCAAUGAGCAAGAGUAUUGCUGCAAAGGAUAUUGUAUCGAUCUGCUGAAGGCACUCGCACAACGCAUCAACUUUACGUACGAUUUGGCACUGUCUCCCGAUGGUCAGUUUGGCCAUUACCAGCUGAAAAACCAUACCACCGGCAUUGGUACCACCGUGAAGAAGGAAUGGAAUGGCCUGAUCGGAGAGCUGGUUGCGGAGCGGGCCGAUCUGAUCGUGGCACCGCUCACGAUCAAUCCCGAGCGUGCGGAGUUUAUCGAGUUUUCCAAACCGUUCAAAUACCAGGGCAUUACGAUCCUGGAGAAGAAACCGUCCCGUUCCAGUACGCUCGUUUCCUUUCUGCAACCGUUCAGCAACACGCUAUGGAUACUGGUGAUGGUGUCGGUGCAUGUGGUCGCACUCGUCCUGUACCUGUUGGAUCGUUUCUCCCCCUUCGGACGGUUCAAGCUGUCGAGCAAUGAUGGCACGGAGGAGGACGCACUUAACCUCAGCUCCGCGAUCUGGUUCGCUUGGGGCGUACUGUUGAACAGUGGCAUUGGUGAAGGCACACCGAGAAGCUUCUCGGCUCGUGUGCUUGGUAUGGUGUGGGCCGGUUUUGCCAUGAUUAUUGUCGCCUCGUAUACUGCUAACCUGGCCGCUUUCCUCGUGUUGGAGCGACCCAAAACCAAGCUGACCGGUAUCAACGAUGCGAGGUUGCGCAACACGAUGGAGAAUCUCACCUGUGCCACGGUGAAGGGUUCCUCGGUGGAUAUGUACUUCCGGCGGCAGGUUGAGCUGUCCAACAUGUACCGUACGAUGGAGGCCAAUAAUUACGAUACCGCCGAACAAGCAAUUCAGGAUGUGAAGGAUGGCAAGCUUAUGGCAUUUAUUUGGGAUUCAUCGCGGCUCGAGUAUGAAGCAUCGAAAGACUGCGAACUCGUUACGGCGGGCGAGCUGUUCGGCCGCAGCGGCUACGGUGUGGGACUGCAGAAGGCGUCCCCUUGGACGGAUGCGGUAACAUUAGCAAUAUUAGACUUCCACGAGAGUGGUUUCAUGGAAUCGCUCGACAAAGAAUGGAUCUUCCACGGGAACGUGCAGCAGUGUGAACAGUUCGAGAAAACGCCCAACACGCUCGGGCUGAAGAAUAUGGCCGGUGUGUUCAUUCUGGUUGGUGCGGGUAUCGUCGGCGGCAUCGGGCUAAUCAUCAUCGAGGUGGUCUACAAAAAGCACCAAAUAAAGAAGCAGAAAAAGAUGGAAAUUGCACGCCACGCAGCGGACAAGUGGCGCGGUACAAUCGAGAAACGAAAAACAUUACGUGCUUCCCUGGCGAUGCAACGGCAGUACAACGUGGGUUUGAACUCGGUGUCGAAGUCCGUUUCGUCGAGCCAAAAUGCCGAGAAAACGACCCGUUACCCAAUACUGCCGCCGCUUCCGCGCACACCGGAACGGGCAUGGCCGAAGGACAAGGAGUACAUCGUGAACCGGAACAAGAACAAUAGUGCCGGCAAACCUCCGCCGCGCUAUAUGCCCACUUACGCAACCGAUGUGUCUCAUUUGAUAGUUUAA